AUGCUGUGUGAUGAACAUGUCGGAGAUACUGCUCAGCCACCAUCAGCACAAGCAGUACAAGAACUUGUUGAUUCAUUCUCAGAGCAACAGCUUGAUGCUACAGAAAUACAAGAAUCAAUGCAUGGUGGGAUCGGGAAACAAGCAAAGAACAACACAAUCUUUAGUCCCAAGCGAGUUGGAGGCGGAUCGUACAGGGAGAUGUUGGCGAACGAGGAAAGGUUCAUGGCUACAUGCCGUUCUUCCUGGGAACAUCUUUGGAGCCGCACAUGUGGUUCUUUGGAAAACUACACGUUUAUGACUCCCAUACUUUAUACAUACGGAACCAUCCCAGCACAUGUUGGUCCCUGCGCUUUCUUGCAGAUCUUCUCCAUCCAAGUCAUGGAGAAUGAAGAGUGGAAAAUCAGGUGGCCAGUGGAGGUAUAUGGCUUCAUUGCCGCUCGAGACACCGUGGAUCACAAUCGCAACCUUCUGUUCAGCCGUACAAGGGAUGACCCCCAAAUUCUCACUCAACAGGUUUUUUUUUUCUUGUUGACUGGCCCGUGUCGCCCGAUUGUGCUGAUCGACCCUGUUGACUUUGAGAUUCAACUACAAGUGAAGGGCACAACAGAGUGUGAAGAUGAAACACUGAUGGCGCGAUGGUUUGAAUAUUCACAUGGUUUUGGAUGUUAUGGUGAGCUUGCCUGUCGUCGUUGGGACGGCAAUUUUUCCACUAUAGAGGUCACCUCUGCGCUACUUGCCAGAACGGUUGUAGCAACUAUUAUCUCUGCUGAUAUUAUUGAAGGGUCAUGGCAUGAUGAUUCUAGAGGUCGUGUGGUUGCCCGUACUGCUGCCAUAGAUAAGGACAUUCUGCUGCUUGACUCUGGAGAAGAACCAUUGAAAGUGGAUCCAGACGGUCGUGUUACCCUUCAAAGAGGCGUUGUUUGCGUGGAACGUCAGGGGACGCUCACGGUUUCUAUGGAAGCCUACUCAAAGGCAGGUAUUUGUUAUGCAGAUUCUGUUGAAUUCAGGCCCAAAAAGUCUCUCACAAGUAUCGGUAUUUGCAACCUUGGAUUCUGUACGGUGCAGUUCAUUGUUGGUUGGUCCCCAAUGGCAACGAAGUCUGAUCUGAUGUACUUUGGCAACUGA